UUCAAUAGCUUCUUUCUUUAAGAGCUAAGUUUUGAAGUAUAGUCUACACUUGCCAUUGUCAUUUCAUUGAUAGAAAGCUUGGACAUCUCUUUCUUUCUGUUUUUAUUUUUUUGAGGUAUUUUGUAUCUAAUUCGAAUUCGUGUCCAAUAAGUCGACAUCUCUUCUUUCGUUGCCAUUUGGUAAACAAACUUUUAGUUCCUAGAUCUCUUUUCAACAGAAAGGCGAAAAAACAUCAUUGCAUUCUAUUUUUAGUAAAGUAUUUGUUUGUCUACCGUCCAAUGAAGCUUUCCAGCCAUUUGGACUAACCAUGGUCUGUACUUUGAUGGGUUUUAAGGAAAGUUGAGAUUACAAGAGAAAGCAAAUCAGAUUGCAAAGUCUGGUUUAGGAAGAAAAUCACCAUUCACCAGUAAGUAGUACUCACAAAAGGAAGCAAGUAUUUUUGAAUUUCCAAACCAAUAGUGCAUUAAGGCAAAGGCAUUUAUUACCCUUACCUGCAAAUAAUUAAUGCCCCCAACUACAUUAUUACCACCGGGGGAAUAAUUCUUACCUCUCCUUCUCCUUGGUUUCUCUACUCCCCCUAAAAUUAUCAUAAACCAAAAAAAAAAAAAAAAAACGUAACGUUUCAGCAGAAGCAGCAGCGCUGGUAACUAUACUGUAAGGUGAAAAGGCGUUGGCCAUGGAAACCAUCAGAAAUUGGGCAGAAUUAGGGAUUGUGGAUACUAUCUAUGAAGAAGAUGUUGAAGAUUCCUCCAGUGAUUCCCUUUCUGUCUCUCCAGGAGACUCCCCAUUGCCUUCACCUCCCCGCUCUAGGGCCGUCUCCUGGUCACAAGUUACAGGGAAUGAGACUGAUGUAGUCAUACAUGUUGAAGGCUCACGUUUUCGCCUACGCAAGGAUCCAUUGACAGCAAGGAGUGGAUUUCUGAAAAGAAAGCUGAAGGGUCUGUCAGAAUUAACCCUCUCUCCACCGUUAAACAUAACGGCCGAAACAUUUUCUUUGAUCGCCGAGUAUUGUUACGACUCUCACAUCGUCAUAACGCCGUUUAAUGUGGCCGCUCUUCGUACGGCUGCUGAACUGUUAGAGAUGACGGAGGCUAAUAACGUGGCAGGUGGAGAUACCUUGGCUCAGAAAACGGAAACAUAUUUCCGCCGUGUAAUUGCCGUUAAUAGAGAGUAUGCGUCGAUUGUGCUGCGUUCUUGCGUUUCGCUCUUGCCAGAGUGUGAAACGACGUCGUGCCUAUUGAGUAGAUGUAUUGAAGCGUUGAGUUUGGUUGACGAUGGUAACGGCAUUGUGAAGUGUCUUAAUGAUGUUAAAGAGUUGCGGCCAGUGGAUUUUCAAUUAAUUGUCAAGUCAAUGAAUCGGUGGUUGAGUGGAAGCCAUGACCAACUCUAUAGAAUUGUUGACCUUUAUCUUAAGGAAUACAAGGGCAAGAUAUCAGAUGAAGAAAAAAUAGCAAUGUGCAAUUACAUCGACUGCACCAUCCUUUCGCCUCAACUUCUCAUGCAUGCUGUUCAAAACCCAAGUAUGCCAUUAAGGUUUGUGGUCCAAGCCAUGUUUAUUGAGCAAUUAAACACCCGUCGCUCUAUCCUCACUGCGACUGCUGCUGACAACCACCACCACCACCACGAUCAUCACAUUAAUCAUCUCCAAAACAAAAACCAAGUCAGCUUAGGUACAAUUCUCGAACGAGAUGCAGCAGUGCGUCAAGUGGCACAGCUCAAGGCAGCGAUGAAUGCAACGAGCUCGCGAAUCCAGAGUUUAGAGCAAGAGUUAAGUGGCAUGAAGAAACUUCUUAAAGAAUCGGAUCAGAACACGAAGAGUAAUUUGUCGCAUGACUCUGCUCGCUCUGCUAGUUUUCGAUUGAGUUCAGAGAAUAAGAUUGAUAGAGGACAAAUUGGAUCAGUUUCCUCAGCAAGCUUUCGGAUACUUACAGCUAGAGAUAGAGCUAUUAUGGGGUCGUCUAAUUCAUCGGAAAUAUCGUAUGAGGAAAGUACGAAAUUGGAAAAGAGUAAUUUUAGUCGAAGGUUUAUGAAUGGAUUGAAGAGUGCAUUCCGAGUAUCGAAGAAGAAAACAGAUAAGGUGGAAAAUGUAAAAGAGACCGAAGAUGUUAAAGAACAACAUGGGGAUGUGGUGGUAAUAAAGAAGGACGUGCCUUUUCGCAGGCAGCGUCGUUCUAGUCUAGAGUGAAAAAAAAAAAAAAGGUUCUGUUCGUUUCACAAUUCUUUUAGAUUUAUGUGUUACCGGAGUUUCUAUUGAAUUUGUGUUCUCUUUGUAGUUUUAAAA